UGACUUCCUGAAAAACAGCAACACUUUAUUCUUGUCUAUAAACAGUCUUCUCUGUCGGUUUACUUUGCAAAUUGCGUAAGUCAAGAGUCUAAAGUUCAGAGUAGACUGGAUUUUCCUGUGGUAUCGGGUGGAUACAUCUGUGAGCGGACCUUCAACGAAGUUACAUCACAAAAUGCUGCACUGGACUAAAAUGGAGAAAGAUGAGCUCGAGAGGCAGUACUCACCCAGCCGGUGGUCGCACAGGAUGUCUGCGGACGACGUGAUCAAAGCUCAUGUGAAAGCUUUGAAAGAAGGUACCGAGCGUGCCCGUGGUCUGGCUCAAACCUUGCUCAAUGUGCCAUAUGGGGAGGGAGAUGGAGAGAAACUGGAUGUCUACAUACCUAGCACCAGCUCUUUAGAUGUCAAUCUUGUCAUUUACCUACAUGGAGGCUACUGGCAGUUCCUCAGCAAGGAGGAGUCAGGAUUCAUGGCUGUUCCACUUGUUGAUAAAGGUGUAGUGGUGGUUGCCGUUGACUAUGACAUCGCCCCCAAAGGUAAUAUGGAUCUGAUGGUGUCUCAAGUACGCAGGAGUGUUGUGUCUGUUGUUCAGCAGUAUUCUCACAUCAGUGGUCUGUAUCUGUGUGGCCACUCUGCUGGGGCUCACCUGGCUGCAAUGGUCCUCUCCACUGACUGGUCGCAGUACAGCAUCACUCCUCAGAUCAAAGGUGCUUUCCUUGUCAGUGGCAUAUAUGACCUCCUACCCAUCCUGUCUACCUUCGUCAACGAGCCUUUGAAGAUGACAGAGGAGGUGGCAGUGAGGAACAGUCCCAGCAAGCUGGUCCCUCAGCUCAAACUCUCCUCCUCCAGCUGUCACAUCAUCGUGGCCGUCGCAGAGAACGACUCGCCAGAGUUUCGCAAGCAGUCGGAAGAAUACUACAAAACUUUGCAGGCAUCAGGACUUAAUGUGACCAUGGAGGAUGUGCCGAACACAGAUCACUUCAGUAUCAUUGAGCAACUGGUAGAUGGGGAGUAUCACCUAACAAAGCUUCUCUUGAAGAUGAUGGGGAAGAGCUGAGGCGGCAAUCUUUGAUCCAUCAUCUGAUAUCAACAUACACCUCUGAACAGAGUCAUAGUGCACCGAUACUGAUACAAUAUGCAUUUUUUCAGGUUUGUAUGAUGGUAAAAGUACAAUUACUGUCCACUGUGAACAAAAAGGAUGAACUGUUUCAUUAGUUAUAUCUCUCUUCAGUGACAUUAUCAUAUUAUGUAAACAUGUGCCUGAAACCGAGUCACUUUAAUGAUUUUGAUGGCCAAUUAUACUACUGUUAAACCUGCUUAAUUGUAAACAGAUUAUUUAACAACCAUUGUGCACAAGGUUAUUUUUUUUCUUUCCUGUGACAAUCUGCACUACAACUUAAAGUCCAUGGGUAGGACAAGAAUCAUGUCAAGAGUACUGAUAAUACAAAGCGAAUGUAGCUUUUUAUUGUAACCAGCAGUGAACUUUAAUGUGUCGUCCACACUUGAUGAAAUGUUGCUAAUGAAAACUAUAUAUUUGCACUUGUAUAUCCUAAUGCAGUAGAAGAAUACAGGUAUUCAAAUGCACAUAUUUUUAAAGAAAAAAAUUGGAUUAAAUUUAGCUGAUGCACAUUGUUACUGCCCUCAGUCUAGCAUAUUAAAUAAUUAUUUACAUUAUUGUUUAUCCAAAGUGUUCUGUUAUUAACCUGCAAUGACUGUAGAUUAUAAAGAGAAUCAUCACAAUAAAUAUUUAUAUUCGUGA